AUGAUCCAAACGACUUUCUCGGAUAAGGCGGAUGGGAAUGCGGACGCAGACUCCAAGCAGUCAGCUGCUGAACGCGGACGGCGAACAUCCGUUGUCGUCGGAGAGUUCAUCAAGGGAUCGGAGAUGUCCUCGCAAAAGUCGCUGAGCCUCACUGCCCGAGCAAGGGCCCAGAGAUGUUUAGCCUGGCUUGCCGACAGUCCCGGACUAGCUAAUUUCAUGGCGGGCGUCAUCGUCGUAGACGCAAUCUGCACAUGGGUUGACAUUGAUGCCAGAGCUGCAGAUGCCCCUCCAGCUGACGGCGCUUUGUUGUUUCUGGACCUCAGUCUGGCCUUGUACACAGCUGAGCUCGUAAUCGUGCUUUGCGGCAGGGGUGCGCUUAAGAUGCUGACCGACUGGAUUGUACUGCUCGACAUCAUCGUCAUUUUGUGCGGAUACUUCGAGAUCGUGCUAAAUGCCUUGGGUCCCACAGAUUGGGUAGACAGGCUGCACGUAAUGCGCGCACUGCGACUGGCGCGGAUAUUCCGCUUGCUGCGGCUCUUUCGGAGAAUCCGUGCCUUGCGUGAGCUUCAGAAACUGGUCACAAUGAUGGCAACCUGCUUCCGCACUUUGGCCUGGUCUUUCCUCCUCUGCUUCGUCAUCAUGACAAUAUGGGCCAUGCUCUUGGUAGAGGUGGUGCAUCCCAUCAUUGAGGGCAUGCCUGAUACCUUUGUCAGCUGUGCUUUCUGCCGGGAGUCAACUGGAUCUGUCAUGUCAGCAAAUCUUCUCCUCUUCAAGACGGUGAUCGCUGGAGAUGGCUGGGGUGAUGUGGCAGUGCCAAUAAUCGAGCACAGCCCCUGGACUGCGCUGAUUUUCGUUGGCUCCUUGCUGACCCUGGUCUUCGGUGUUCUGAAUAUUAUCAUUGCGGUCGUGGUGGAUACAUUCGCUGAGGCCCGACUUAAAGAUGUAGAGAAUUUGGCCGAGGAGAUGGAACAUGACCUGGAGAUGAACAGGGAAGAGUUGCAGGAACUCUUUCAGCGGAUCGACAAGGACGGCAGCGGACAGCUUUCCUUGGAGGAGUUGAUCACCGGAGCCAGGCGAGACCCUGUUUUGCAGAGCAGGCUUCGA